GGUGAAAUUAAGGACGACGGUUGUUUUGGUGUAUAGUAAAAAAAAUGGGGGAAUAUAUAUAUCGCACGCAACGGGUUACACUUGAUAAGUCAGAAUUGGUCACAUAAAGAACCAAAUUUCCCAUGCCGAAAUGUUGUGAUUUGAUCAACUAUCUUAAUUUUAUAAUGUAGCUAGGAUGCAUAAUUAAUCAGAGUAUCGUCUUGUGCUAUGAAUGACAAAGUAUUGGUUGGAUUGCUGCGGAGAGGCGGAGAAUCCAAUGGACUUUUUGCGCUUCCUUACAUAGCAGGUAUUUCUUUCCUUUUUUGCCUACUGCUUGAAGGGAAGGGAAAAAUUGCUGCUGCAAAAAGAGACGGCUCGGCUAUAGAUAUCUUCACUCUCUUAUGCUUCGUUGCAUCAUCCUGUAUAUACACUGACUCUUGGGUGCUGAAGCUUCUUUCUGGAUGUUAGGAUAAUCCGGCACAGCAAUUUUUCAGACUCAAAAUCUGGUUUGAAAACAUCCCUGUAUGUAAAGUGAAGGUAAAAGUCUUCAUUAAUUUUGAAGAUCAAGUCAUGGCAUUUGCAUUUGCGAAAUAUCUAUUUCGUCGCUCUUAAAUUUAAAUGCUGAAGCUUUGUUUAUCAGUGUUGGAGUGUGCAUGUCAGCGCUCACCGGCUCAUUGAGCGGCGGAAAAAAAAAAGGUAUAGACGGAUAGGAAGGCAGGAAAAGCGCCCAGGCUAGCAUGCAGUAUCUCGUAUACUCACUCAAACGCGCUAAAGACAGCUUCACUUGUACGUAUCAUGCAACUUUGCGGACGCCCUUUCAACUCUA